GCUCCAUCAGAGGAAGUCAAAGAUACAUGGAUUCGUGAGAUUCGCUCAAUCCUCGAUAUGCAGGGGGACUUCCUCAGAGCUUUGCAGUCACCUAUUGCCUACCAGAGAGAAAUCUCAAAAGAAUUGUAAGUGCACUAGUAUCAGCACCAGAGUUUGGAAGCAUGCCUAAAGACUCGGUGCUACGUAAAACUCAGUCCCACCCAGCCUCAGGCACCAAAAACAGUUCUCCACUAGCUGCAUCAGGCAAAAAAGGGCGACAGGACUCGGAAAAACACAAACGUUGCAAAUCUGUGCCAAUGCCUCUUCCAGAGAUCACUGGGGAGCAGGGUGAGGACUCCUCUUUUAGCAAGCUGUCAUGUCCCAAUUCUCCUACAGAAACAUCGAAAGACUCUGUGUCCCAACGGAAGUCAAGCCCUGUGGGUGAUAGCAGGUCAGAGUCACCCAAACCCAAAAAGACAAACUUCCGUGGCAUCCGCUCCCUCCAGCGCAAGGCAAAAAAUGAGGGAGGAAGUGGUGCUGGUGGUAAUAGCAGUGGAGGAGGUCAGAUGUCAUCAUCAUCCACAGCAACUGCAGCAUCUGCAACGACGACAACGGAGACGUAUGCAAACAUGCACUCAAUGCCUGACAUUGUACAGGACAGUGGGGGCAGGACUUCUAGCACUGAGCCCGGUGUAGCCAGGGCCCCCCUGUCCCAGCCCACGGACACGGACCAGGUGCCGGUGCCAGCAGGAGCAGUACCAGCACCAGCACCAGGGGAAGGGGUGCUAACAGCAGGGCGGGUGUUGUGCGACUAUAUGGCGGUGCGGGAGGAUGAAAUCACUGCACAAGGGGAGAUAGUUCAGGUGCUGAGCACCACUCCCCAUGGCAUGUUCCUGGUGCAUCGUCCUGCCAACAACAACUCCCCUGCUGCUGAGGGAUGGCUACCUGCUCAUGUCAUCGGACCUAAAGACAUUGACGGCAGCCUGAAAAAGACCUGGCAAAUGUUCAAACUGAAAAAGCCAAACUUCCGAGGAAAGGAAGACAACAAUGGCAACAGCUUGGAACGGCGCUCAAAGUCACUUGGUCGUGAUACCAAACCUCGAAAGAUUGCUGUUGACUUCAGCUUUGAAGUCCCUCCCAUCAUCCAACAACCAUUGACCAGCUUGACUGUCCAGGCAGGCAGCACUGCUGUGCUAACAUGCCGAAUCUGCGGUCGCCCACGCCCCACCAUCACGUGGCGCUACCAAGACAGGCCCUCUCCCAUCACCCCUGGGCCACUUGUCAUGCUUCUGUAUAAUGAAGAAGGAAUGGCCACACUACAGCUUUCACAGGUAUCCCAUGCAGACAGUGGAGAAUACUCUUGUGUGGCCAUCAGUGAGCUGGGCACUGUCGUCACCAGGGCAACCCUCACAGUGCUGGAUCGCCCAGGCCCACCAGGAAUGCCCACAAUACGAAAUCAAGUGGGAACAGCAGUACACCUGGAAUGGUCCCCACCCCCACAGAUGCAGAAUGGACAAAUACAAGGCUACACUAUUGAGUUCCGGGAAGCAGGAUCAGACAUGUGGCACCUGGCAAUCCCAUAUGUACCCAACACUUCACAGGUGAUUGGUGACCUUGAACCUGGCCUGACUUAUCAGUUCCGGGUCAGUGCCAACAACGCCAUUGGUAUUAGCCAGCCAUCCUUGCCAUCUGCAUACGUUGCCGUCCCCAGUGAAUAUGAGUUAAGUGAAAGAGAAGAUGCACCAUGUGUCAUGUGGAAAACAACUUUUGAAAAUGAUUUCACUGAUGGUGGAGAACUUGGCAAGGGUAGGUUUGCAGUGGUGCGUCGAUGUAUACAGCGGUGCUCAGGUCAGGAGCUGGCAGCCAAGAUCAUAGCCAAGCGAGUUGUGAGAAAGGAAGCAGUGGAAGUAGAGUUCAACACUUUACAAAGUCUGCAGCACCAACACCUGGCACAGGUGUAUGACCUGUAUGAAACCUCGAAUGCCCACAUUCUCAUCAUGCAGCUAAUCCCUCAGGGACGGCUGUUUGACUACAUCUGUUCAAGGCAGCAUUUUGAUGAGCUAAUGGCAGCAGAGUAUGUACGUCAGAUUCUUGAUGCUGUGCAUUACUUGCACAACUGUCGCAUUGCUCACCUGGAUCUUAAGCCAGAGAAUCUGCUUGUGGAAGCUGGAGCAGGAGUGAUCGGCAUCAAGCUGGUGGACUUUGGUGAUGCACGGCAUAUUUACAACAACUACUACAUUCAUCCUAUGGUGGGCAAUCCAGAGUUCAUGUCGCCAGAAGUGAUCUCUGGCACUCCAGUAGGUCUUCAGACUGAUAUCUGGAGCCUAGGUAUUGUCAUUUACGUAUUGUUGAGUGGUGUCUCUCCGUUUUUGGAUGAGAGUCAAGAGGAGACCUGCUCCAACAUUGUACGCAAUGACUUCUGCUUCCCAGAUGAAUACUUUGCUGGAAUCUCAUCCGAUGCCAAAGAUCUAGUCCGAUCCAUGCUUGUAGAAGAACUCAACAAACGACCUGUAGCUCAGGCAUGUCUUGAGAGUCAGUGGAUCAAAAAGACAUGCACCCAACGCACCUCCGGACUGCGACCAAAACCAAUUGCCACAGCACGCCUGGCAGACUUUGUGGAGCGCAGAAAACACCAGAGUGACACAUACCUCCUAAAGGCUCUUCCUUGAUCACAACAGCUCCCAGGAACAAAACGUUCUUUGCUAAUUACAGCAAACCCAGAACAAGUUGAAGAAUGUCAGUGAACAAAAACACAAGCACCUCAUAACACAUCGACGCAGCUUGACUUUUGAAGCUGGCUUGAGACUUAACUGACUGCUGGCUUUGUUCUCCGAGACUAACUCUAUCCAGACAUCAAAGUACUCCAUGUCUCUCUGUGGACAUAGCCAUGCUCUGCCAAUACAAUGUACAAAACGGGUUUCAUUUGUUUUCUUUAGCACAUUUUUUCACAAUUUUUAUCGUAUCUCUGCCAUUUACAGACAGCUCUGAUGUGUAAAGUUGGCUUUGUAUUUCUCUGUUGGUGUGAGAUGUGUAGUUUUUUUAUUUGGGGAGGAUGAGAAGUUUCUCCUCCCAUCCCCAUCGUCCUUUGAAGUCUCAUUGAUCUGUGUGCAAAUAUUGACCUAUUGCAUGUUUUGUUUUGAUGCAUGCAAGCUUCAAUUUUUUGGGGAGUCUCCAACAACACAAUGCCAAAUGUGAUGUUUACCUGCAGGCAGAUACCAGGAUGGCAGAUCAAAUUUUCUGGCUACAAGCUAGAGCAGAGGGCAAGGUGAGACAGCAUGUGAGCUGACUGGAGGCAGCAGACUGCAGGGAUCAAGUUAGUUUUAGCAAGGCAUUCAUUUGGGGUUUUCUUUUACACUGCCAUAGAUUGUAUUCCAUUUCUUUAAGCAGCAUCUUGCCCAAUCUGUCUCUUCAGAGUGCACGUUGGGCAUUGUAAAGUAUGCUGCAUUCUUUUUUUUCGAGUGCACUGCAUUUGUUCUUGUUUAUAUGCGACAGUCUGAUCAUCUGCAGGUCAUUUCUCAUAAGUGCUUCAAACCUUGCCAAGCAUGAUGCCUGCAUCAUCUGCAAAACGGCACUUAAAGACUACCUGAAGCCACAUUUGCAACAGAGUUUUUUUUAGGUAUCACAGCCUUCAGCUGUCAAACAUCCUUCAUGUUUAAAGUUAUUAUUCUUUGUUAUUCAUAUUGUUGCAAGUAGAGCUUACACCAGUCUCACAUUGUUGAGCCACAGGAUUUAGUAACCCUUAUCAGUAAAACAAAGAGAGAGAUUGUGGAUGUUGAGAUAUGGAGAUUUUCAAAGGCAAACAGCUGGAUCCGCUGCUUCUGAUUGGGCUAUUUUCACUUUUCGUGCUGAAGCAGGCCAGCUGACAUGCUGCAUUCUUAAUGCAACACAAGUAUAUAAAAGCACUGCAACCUUGAUUGCGAGAGUGGGUGAAGUGUAUGGGAGAGUUGUGGGAUGCUAUUUCUUCCCAGCUGGAAAGUCAGCCUGCAUUCUAUUACUUUCUUUUUUCUCCAUCACUGUGUACAGUCUUUGCUUUAUUACCUUUUCCAGUUGUCCUAAAUUGUUCAGGAAUUUAAUGAUUUUUUAGGUAGUUCUAACUUUAAAUUACAAAACCUUUUUUUCAAAUCUAGAUUUUUUUUUUUAGCUCAGCAUCUUGAAUAACCAUAAAACUUUCAUAGGUUUUUGACAUCAGGUUUGCGUAUUUGGUAUGGGGUACUUCUUGCACGCAUGUACCUGCACUAGACAACAUUAAUUGUAAAGUUUGCUAAUGUGCAUAAUUUACUUGCAAACUGCUCAACAGCAAAGAAUAAUGCUAAUAUGCUUAAAUGAGUUAUCCUGCAGCUGCCACACACAUCUGACUUUAGACUUGGUACUCAUGUGGAUUCUUACCAGCAGAGAUCAGUUUUAUGGCAAUGGCUAACUUUGCUGUUAAUAAUUCAAGUUAACUAGUUGUUGCAUGUUAUGGGCAGUGCUCUGUUGUCCCACAGUGCUAUAGCUAUUAGGCUAGGAACAAACUUGAUGAACACACUUUGUCAUUUAGUUUGUCUCAACUCAUCAUAAGCUUUAAGGUUAGUUCAAUGUUAUUGUGGUCCAAAAAGGUUUUAGCUAUGAAAAUAUGUGUAGGAAACUUUAUAUUCAGCAUACGCAAUAGGACCAAUAUUGAUGGCAAAACAUUUUGGCCAUUUUUUUUUUAAAUCGCUCAACAUUUUUAAGGACAUCAUUUUAAAUGUGCUUUUGACAAAGCAUAAAGGUUAUCACAGCUGAAUAGAUUUUAAAAAGCAAGGCUUGCCUGUCGCCCGACACAUCAUUGCUACAUGGAGCACUUUUGUCUUUGCUGUCUGGAUUCAUUGGUCAUAUGUGUAGUGAAUGAUAAUCAGAACUGUUCAAGAAAACCAUUGUGGGUGGUCUACUGUUUCAUGUUUGUUGUAGGGUGGAAAAAUGGAUCAGUUGUUUUAACAAAUCUGUGCAUUACAAUGUAAUGCUAACAAGGAUGCUUUACACUUGCAGUUUUUAUUUCCUACAUACAUUAUCGUAGUGCCCUCUGCUCUAAAACUACUGCUGAAUAUGUCUUCGUUGAAUUCAAUUGCCUUCAAUUUCACCAUGUGAUACUAUGUACAGUCAACCGUGUCUCUCAUUUACCUUCACAAUGCCUCUGCAUUUCAUUGUAUGCCUGGGAGAUCUUGGUCUCAGCAUUUUAGUUUGCCUUCUUUCCAGAAAUCUGUUUUAAUUUGUUACUUCUCUUUCUCCCAAAUCCAUGGCAUAUAUAUACCAGUCAAAUUUCUGCUUGUUUACCAUGUUCCUAACUCCUUUUUCAAUCUGCAGACAGCAGUCUGCUUGUAGCCCAUUUAUUCUAACCCUUUCAUGCAUGUUGCUAUUAUUAUCGACAAGCAGACAUUGAGGAGUGCAAGCAGCAUGGCUAAGAUGCUCAUUUUUACACCUGACAUGCUGGUUAUUAGGGCAUGGCAUUGGUAAGUCACUGCUGGAUAAAAAAUCCAACAGCAGUGAUGGGAUGACAAAAAUAAAUAAAAAUAAGGUCAUCAUGCUUCAACAGCUAGUAAUCCUGCAACUGAAGCCAAAGACUGGAUCAGGGCAACAUCCAUAACUGCUCUUCACUGCAUUUUUUUUUUAAAUACAAAUUUUUAUAUAGUACUUUCUUGUGCAUCCCAAGCUAUUUUCUGUUUCAGAUGAGUUCCAUAAUUAUGUCUCAAAUGUGCAUUAUUAGACACAAAAGAUAUAGCAGAACAAUUUUUUUAAAGCAUAAACAGCAAUGCUCUUUGCAUCAUCAACAUCCAGACAAACUCAGUUUCUUUGUGACAUCAUUGUUCCACCACUUUGUUUUGUAUUUACAAGCUUUAAUGCAUGGGCUACGUUGCUUUGUCAUCCGAGUGCUUUUUUUUUUUUUGCCUCUCUAAUCCAAUCAUUAAAAAAUCAUGAGAAUGCAUUUCUGCUAUUGCAUAAUGUGUAAGCUUAACAUUUUGAAUUAUCUUUUGUACAUUUUCUCAACAUGAAUACAUCUUUAGACUACGGAUUUUUUGGCUUCUCAAAUGUGUGUUGUUCUUUUAAUAUCAUCUUGUUAACAAUACUGUAUGUUGCAGAAUCAUAAUAAACAGUGACAGACAAUGGUCAA